CUAAAAGUUGUCCGACCAUGCCCAACCUCACCAAGAAGAAUAAAGUGUCUAUGGCUGAGAAUAAUGUGAAAAAACCCUGGGACCUUAUUAGGAAAGGCAUCCAGGAGAUCCAGAGGAAGAACAAAAGUGGACUAUGCUAUGAGGAGCUGAACAUGGUUGCCUACUCCAUGUUGCUCCACCAACAUGGCGAGAACCUCUACGCAGGCCUGAGGGAGGUCGUCACUGAGCACCUCGUCAACAAAGUCCAGGAAGAUGUCAUUAACUCUUUAUAUAAUAACUUUCUGCAAACAAUGAAUCAGGCCUGGAAUGACCAUCAAACGGCCAUGGUUAUGAUCAGAGACAUCCUCAUAUACAUGGUAGGUAUACCUCAUCUUUUGUCCUACUGA